UGUGACUAACUGUCAUGGAAGCCCCCGCGCGCACAUCUCCGGCGUAAAGUAGCCUUUCCAUUUCUAUCUUACUUUCUCGUAUUUCCUCUUUUACAAAUUGAGCCAUGAGGCGUUUACUGCAACUUGGACGUUCGUUUUCUCGAUGCCGCGUACGUCUGUGCCACCAGAGCGUGUAUAAAAGUCACGGCAAUGUACGAAGUGUGGGAGUGGACCUCGGAGACAAAAAGCUAGAGAUCUCCUCAGGAAGGCUCGCCAAGUUUGCAGAUGGCUCUGCUGUAGUCCAGCUGGGUGACACCUCUGUUAUGGUGACAGCUGUGAGCAAAACCAAACCAUCUCCCUCUCAGUUCAUGCCUCUAGUGGUAGACUAUAGGCAGAAAGCGGCCGCCGCUGGCAGGAUCCCUACCAAUUAUUUGAGGCGAGAGCUAGGCACCACCGACCACGAGAUACUUACCAGCAGACUCAUAGACAGGUCCAUUCGACCUCUUUUCCCAUCCGGUUACUUUUACGACACUCAGAUUUUGUGCAACUUGCUGGCUGUGGAUGGCGUCAACGAUCCGGAAGUGCUGGCUAUCAACGCAGCCUCAGCUGCUCUUGCUCUGUCGGACAUCCCGUGGGACGGACCUAUAGGUGCCGUGCGUAUGGGAUUGGUGGACGGCGAGCUGCUGGUCAACCCCACCAGAGCGGAGAUGGCAUCCAGCACGCUCAACAUGAUCGUGGCAGGAGCCCCCAGCAGUCAAGUGGUGAUGAUCGAGGCGUCUGCCGAGAAUGUCCUGCAGCAGGACUUUGCUCACGCCGUCAAGAUGGGCGUCAAGCACGCGCAGCAGAUCAUCCUGGCCAUCCAGCAGCUAGCGCGAGAGCUCAAAGUCACCAAGCGCACGCCGCCCAAGAUGUUCUCGGCACCUGCGGACAUGGUGGCGCACGUGCGGCAAUCGGCCUCAGAGAAAAUCUACGCCGUUUUCACCGAUUAUUCCCAUGAUAAGAUUUCCCGAGAUGACGCCAUCAACAAGAUUCGCCUCGAAACCGAGGAAUACCUCAAAGAGAAAUUUCCCCAAGCUGAACCUUUUGAAGCCAUCGAAUCUUUCAACACUGUGAGCAGGGACAUCUUUAGGAAUUUAGCGCUCACUGAAUACAAGAGGUGUGACGGCAGGGAGUUAACGGCCUUGAGAGACAUCUCCUGCGAGGUGGACCUCUUUAAACCCCUUCAUGGCUCCGCAUUGUUUCAGAGAGGACAAACGCAGGUCCUGUGUAGCGUCACGUUUGAUUCGCUGGAAUCUAGCGUUAAAGCGGACAUCAUCACUACGGCUUUAAGUGGCAUCAAGGACAAAAAUUUCAUGCUUCAUUAUGAGUUCCCACCCUAUGCCACCAACGAGAUCGGCAGGAUGGGAGGUCUCAACAGGAGAGAGCUCGGACACGGCGCCCUGGCCGAGAAAGCCCUGCGGCCUGUCAUCCCCAAAGACUUUCCUUUCACUAUCAGGGUCACGGCUGAGGUGCUGGAGUCAAACGGCUCGUCAUCCAUGGCUUCAGCGUGUGCAGGCAGCCUGGCACUCAUGGACGCAGGCGUACCCAUCUCGUCAGCCGUGGCCGGCGUGGCCGUGGGCCUCAUCUCCAAAUCCAACCCUGACAAGCCCUCAGAGAUCCAAGACUACAGACUGCUCACGGACAUUCUGGGAAUCGAGGAUUACCUCGGAGAUAUGGAUUUCAAAUUGGCAGGAACAAACAAAGGCAUCACUGCGUUACAGGCGGACGUGAAGAUUCCAGGACUGCCUCUCAAGGUGGUCAUGGAGGCCAUCCAGCAGGCCACAGUGGCCAAGCGGGAAAUCUUGGGCAUCAUGAACAAGAGUCUGGCAAAGCCCAAGACGAGUAGGAAAGAGAACGGGCCGGUUGUCGAGAACGUACGUGUGCCCGUGUCCAGACGGGCUCGCUUCGUGGGCCCGGGUGGAUACAACCUUCGCCGGUUACAAGCCCAGACGGGCGUGACCAUCAGUCAGGUGGACGAGGAGACCUUCUCCGUGUUUGCUCCCACGCCAGGAGCGCUGAGUGAGGCACAGGAGUUCAUCAGUGAGAUCUGCAAAGAUGAUCAAGAGCAGCAGCUGGAGUUUGGCGCCAUUUACACCGCCACCAUCACUGAAAUAAGGGAUAUCGGCGUCAUGGUGAAGCUUUACCCCAACAUGAGCGCCGUCCUGCUGCACAAUUCCCAGUUGGACCACAAAAGGAUCAAACAUCCAAGUGCUUUGGGGUUAGAAGUGGGCCAGCAGAUUCAGGUCAAGUAUUUCGGACGGGACCCCACAGACGGCAGGAUGCGGCUCUCGCGCAAAGUGCUCCAGUCACCCGCCGCCACUGUGGUGAAAACGCUGAGCGAGAAGCAGAGCAUCUCCAUGGCGGCUGCAAGCAACGUCGAACCAUGAAGAAGUAAAAACCCAAUCGCUGGAUGUGACACUUGGACGCACUGCCGUGGAAAGCUGUACGUGUGCGCUCUUUUUCCGUGGCAAAGAAAGAUCAUGAUGUUGUAAAAUGUCACUACUUUUUGAAAAUAGGACUAGUACAAUGUGUUUCAAUCGCCUUAUAUGUGAGGCCUAUGUAAAUAAAAUAUCAAUAUAGCUCUGUA